UUGUGUCUAGGUAACUUUAUUGAUCAUUUAUGGCUGUGUGUUUGUCUUUACUGCGGGAGUGAAAUAGAUUAUCAUCAUCCUGUUUCAUUAAAUAUUUCACCUCAACAUAUCUGAGGAGGAGUGAGAGUACACUAUGAGCGGGGCAGCGCUGGGUAUAGAGAUUGUGGUGGUCUUUUUCCUGGCCCUGUUCCUCUUGCAUCGCUAUGGAGACUUCAAGAAGCAGCAGCGCAUGGUUCUCUUCGGCACACUGCUGGCUUGGUAUCUGUGCUUUCUCAUCGUCUUCAUUCUUCCUCUAGAUGUCAGCACGACGAUCUACAAACAGUGUUUGAUAGAUCAUGCUCAGACACCGUCUGUCAGCCCUGUCACUUCCAAUCAGACGACUGGAAAUACCUCAGUUUCACCCAGUCAAAGCACCCCACGUGUGUGCUAUAAACCAUGGAGCUAUAUUCCAAAUGGCAUCAUGCCAGUGUUCUGGAGAGUUGUGUAUUGGACCUCACAGUGUCUAACAUGGCUUCUCCUGCCAUUCAUGCAGUCCUAUGCGCGAUCUGGUGGUUUCACCAUCACUGGAAAAAUCAAGACGGCCCUCAUUGAGAAUGCCAUCUAUUAUGGCACAUACCUUUUCAUCUUCGGCUCCCUUCUUAUUUACGUGGCCGUGCACCCUCAAUGGCACCUCUCAUGGUAUGAGCUACAGACCAUCGGCAUCACUGCAGCCAACACAUGGGGUCUGUUCCUGCUUGUGUUGCUGUUGGGUUACGGCCUGGUUGAGAUCCCCCGCUCGUACUGGGAGGCCUCGCGUCAGGGUCACCUGCUGAUCAAGACUUACUUCAAAGCAGCCAAGCUCAUGACGGAGAAGGCGGAUUCGGAGGAGAACCUGGAGGAUGUCAUGGAGGAAGUGCGAAAAAUCAAUGAAUCGAUUCAAUACAACCAUCCCUUAAGGAAGAGCGUUGACACUAUUCUACGAAAGUGUCCCGUUGAAUAUCAGGAGAAGAUGGGGAGGAACAUGGAUAACUAUGAGGAUUUUGAUGAUAAACAAAACACAUACCCCACUGAAAGAAGCCUUUCAAAGCUACACAAGCAGGUGAUCUACGCCGUGCAACGUCACAAUCGAACGCACGUUCAGUGGCAGAUCUUGCUCGAGCAGGCUUUUCACCUGGAGGACGUUGCCAGGAACGAAACCAGCACCUCUCGACAGUUUGUUCACGGUUUUGCCCUUCCAGAAGCAGUAGGCUGGUUCAGACUCUACGUCUGCACCCCUACAGUAGAGUGGUACUGGGAAUGCUUGCUGAAGCAGUGGUUCUACCGUGUGGUGGCCGUGGUUAUGGCUCUCUUUUCUGUGGCUGUGGUUUGGUCGGAGUGCACGUUCUUCAGUACUCGGCCCGUUCUUUCGCUGUUUGCUGUGUUCAUCCAGCUGGCUGAGAGAGAUUACAACUAUCUGUACAUUGAGAUGGCGUGCUUCAUUACCAUCUUCUUUCUCUGCACCUGCGUCUACUCAACUGUGUUCCGCAUCCGAGUCUUCAACUACUAUUACCUGGCCUCACAUCACCAAACCGAUGCUUACAGCCUUCAGUUCAGCGGCAUGCUUUUCUGCCGACUGACUCCCCCACUUUGUCUAAACUUCCUGGGACUCAUUCAUAUGGAUUCUGCCAUAUCUCACCAGGCAAAGGAACAGACCGCAUACACCUCUAUCAUGGGUUCCAUGCGGGUUCUGUCAUUUAUCGCAAAUGGUUUCUACAUCUAUUACCCAAUGCUGAUUGUCCUCCUCUGUAUUGCUACAUACUUCAGCUUGGGCACACGCUGUUUGAACCUCCUGGGCUUCCAGCAGUUCACGGGAGACAAUGAAAUGACCUCUGACCUCAUUGAUGAGGGCAGGGAGCUCAUCCGCAGAGAACGAAGAAAACGUCAAAGAAUAGAGGAUGGGGAGAACCGACGAAGAGAGUGGAGAGAACGUUAUGCACAACGUGAUGAAAUGGCUGGCAGAAACCGGACCACCAUGUCGGAGAUGAAGGAAACCAACUAUGGAGAAACAUUGAAUUCAAAUGCAAAUCAGCAGGCCAAGUACUCACGCGGUGGUGGCCAGUCAGGGAGAGACAGUAUUGAACUACUGCAAGAUGCUGAACCUUUGGACUUCAAUGCUGAAACACUAACUGAUGAUCCCUUGCAAUCUGAAACUGGCAGACAUGCUGGUGGAAGGUAUCUCUCAAUGUCUUCUUCUCGAAGCCGAAUCUUUGAUGAUGUUUAAACUCAGGAGGAGAAAAAGACCGUUUUCAUUCUCCUUUGUGAAAUGACACUGUAAGAAAGCAAAACUUUACCUCUAAAAACACUCAUCUCAUGCCUGCCUCUCAUUGUAAACAUCUACUUCCUGUAUCCUGUAAUGCGGUGUAGUUACCUGCAUGUUUCCUGAUAAACACACAGCCACAUUGAGAAGCUGACAAACACAAGCGUUCUUUUUCUGAAGUGCCAGGCAGUUAGACUGCUGCUUGUGACAAAUGGGAAGUGUCCUUUUUGCCUACAUGUGUUAUACACCGUUUCAAGAAAUGAGUCAAAGUUAAUGUGUCGGAGCACUGAGUCAUGCAAGGUGUUUUACAGAAUGGUAGGACUUGACAUUAGACACGACCGUUUCUCAUCAUUUACUACUGAUAGACAUCAGGUUAUGUGCCUGAGCACUUAAACUGAUUGUGGCCCAUCGGUGUUCAUUGUAAUUUUGAAUAGAGAGGUCUAGAUAUAAGCUGUCCGACAAAAUACAGUUUUUUGUAUGUGUGAUUGUUUUGUUAAAGGCCAGAGAGAUUAGCAGAGGCGGAAUGUUUGGAAGAAUAUAAAUCUGAAUUUACUGCAGGCGAAAACAAUUUAAACUUUCCAAAAGUUUGUUACACUGUAUCCCAACGGUUUAAUGUUUUUUUUCCAUUUAAAUAGUUUAUUUAGAUAAAUUGUCGUCCAUAUGAACACACCCAUUAAUUGGAAACAGAAGAAAUGACAAGGGAAAUGAAAUUCAUAUUUUGACAUUCCAUCCAUUCAAAACAUGUUCUUGUUUCUUAUAUUUUAUUAGCGAAGAAAAAAAAAAGUCUAAUCUAAAUCUUAACUAAUCUAAUGUUUAUUUUCACAAAUGUUUGUAUUAUUUAUGUAGUUUGGUUUGCACACAUUAUUUAACAACUGUUUAGAUUAUGAUCUUAAAAAUGGUUUUUGGGAAGAGCACCAACCCGAAAUUAACUGCCAGGUGUUUGAAUGGAGGAUGUGUGCUCUUUGCGCUUAUCUUUUUUUAGUUAUUGGUCUUAUGACAAUGGUACAUAGAUGAACAUCACCUGUUUUGUGUGUUUAUGUGUGUUAUGUUUGUUACUUUUAGUAUAAUUGACCUUGCACAGCUGUUUUGCAUUGAAGGUUUACUACUUUAGUGGUAAAGGUGUGGUUGAAUGUCUAGACGGCUAUCUAUAUUUUGCACUGCCAUCUUUUUUUUUCACUUCGGAGUAGGUAAAACCAUAAUGUAACUAAAAUACAUUGCAGAACAUGUUCUGCAAAGCUCUGAUGAUCUUUAAAUGAGAGGAUAAACUUGGGGCUGGUUUUGUAGGGUCAAAGUGUGUCCGGAAUGUGGUUUUACUAAAUCCUUGAAAAAGGUUCAUCCUUAAAGCCAACCAUUCCAUCUCAUUAUCAUAUGAGUUUUAUUAAAGACAACAUACAUUGAGUAUACAAGUUUGUUAAAUGCAUAAUGGUUAUAGCUUAUAAGACAUGGCAACUAAAUUAUAACAGUUUAUGAAGGAAUUUCAUAUGUAUUUUUUGUACAGUUUUGUACAUGUACAACAUUUACAGGCUCACCGCUCAUCAGAUAUAUCCAGUGUAAAUGUAUGCAUGGUAUUCUCUUGAAUAUGCUCAGAAGUCAUAUUCUUGUUUCUCACAGGAUGUCCUGUAGCAGCUCUUAGUGGUGGUGUAUUCACUACUAUAAAUAAAAUGCAAAAAAAUCUUCUCUUCACAACAGUGUCAUGAUCUAAUCUCAAAUUAAUGUCUUUCAUUAAAGCCCUUUAGGUAUAAAUACAAAGGGCAUUGUUUUUCUUUAUUCAGUAUUCUUUACUGUGUUACUUUGUUGCCAAUGAGAUAUAUUCUUUCCUAUAUGGUCAAUCUUUAUAGAUGAAGGUCAGCUGGAAUCUGAUGCUGGAAUACACAAACUUGAUUUGUAUAUCUGGUGUUGGUUCUCAGUGUUUUUGAAUUGUUGAACACCCUAAAUAGAUGCAUAAUGUGUAAUCUUGCAAAUAUGAAUAAAUUAUUGAUUAAAUGA